AUGACGCCAACUUUAGGGCCCAAUGGGCCUCGCGACCUUGUACAAUCCAAAGAUGUCCAGGGGUUGCGUGCCCUCGGUGGGGUAAAAGGUUUGGAGGAAGGACUGCGAACCGACGUUCACUCCGGUCUGAGCCUGGACGAGACCUACCUAGGUGCUCCUGUGAAUGUCGCUGGAAGUACUACAAGCACUGCGCCAACAGAAAAGGUCCCCAUCCCUAAACUUCCUAUCCCGGCAGAGUUCGAUGACGAUGCAUUCAUCGACAGAAGGAAAUUCUUUGGGGACAAUCGCCUACCCAUAAAGCAAUCCCCCAGCUUCCUGUCACUGAUGUGGGCAGCCUACAACGACCACGUCCUGUUCCUUCUAACUGGCGCUGCUAUUAUAUCGCUUGCUUUGGGGCUAUAUCAGACAUUCGGAACUAAACAUACUGCUAAUAACCCACCCGUUGAAUGGGUGGAGGGUGUUGCCAUCCUCGUCGCUAUCGUCGUCAUUACUCUCGCCGGUGCUGCGAAUGACUAUCAAAAGGAGUACAAGUUCCGGAAACUCAACAAGAAACAGCAAGAUCGCAAUGUUUGGGUCCUUCGAUCCGCGAGGGUUCAUGACGUUCCCAUCUCUGAGGUUGUUGUUGGUGAUAUUGUCCACAUCAGCCCGGGGGAUAUCGUACCUGCCGAUGGAGUGUUGAUAAGGGGUCAUCAGGUCAAAUGCGAUGAGUCCUCGGCAACUGGCGAGUCUGAUCCGGUCGAUAAAAGCGCUAUCGAUACAAACCUUCCUAAUGGCUCUCAUGAGAUCGAUCCCUUCAUUCUCUCUCAUACCAAGGUCGUGGAAGGCGUCGGUGCAUACCUCGUCUUGGCUACGGGCACCAAAUCAAGCUAUGGAAGAAUCCUCCUCUCUCUCGACACCGAUCCAGGGUUCACACCGCUUCAAGUACGGCUCAGCGUUCUUGCAAAGAAUAUCGCCCGCUUUGGUGCACUUGCGGCGCUUGUGCUGUUCGUAAUCUUGUUCAUAAAAUUCUGUGUCGGCCUCCGGAAUAGCGCUGAAUCCGCCUCGGAAAAGGGGCAAUCAUUUUUGAAUGUCUUCAUUCUGGCCUUGACUGUCGUUGUGAUCGCAGUCCCCGAAGGACUUCCUUUGGCAGUUACACUUGCGUUGUCAUUCGCCACUACUCGAAUGAUGAGAGAUAACAACUUGGUUCGACAGCUCCGAGCGUGCGAAACGAUGGGACAAGCCACAGAUAUCUGCUCCGACAAGACGGGAACGUUGACACAGAAUGAGAUGACUGUUGUCGCAGGUUUCUUCGGUGCUACCUCACAAUUUACCGAUCGAGCUAGCAGUCCAGAUAUUUUGGAUGAAGAAAAUUCUUUAUCUGUGGCAAAGUGCAUGGGUCGUCUCUCAGGUCAAUCAAGAUCGCUUUUGAGGCAAUCUAUCGCGGUCAACUCGACCGCAAUUGAAAGCCAGUAUGACGGGGGUCGGCAAUUUCUUGGGUCCCAAACAGAGGCAGCCUUAUUGAGAUUUUCCCAGGACUAUCUCGAGCUAGGUCAGCUUGACUUUGAUCGUGCCAGUGCGGAAGUUGUGGAUCUUUUGCCUUUUGACGCUUCUCGCAAAUACAUGAUCACGGUUGUCAAACUGGGUAGCGGGUUGUAUCGAUCAUAUGUGAAGGGUGCUCCUGAGAUUCUCCUUAAGAAAUGUGUGGCCACAAUUUCACAGCCAAUUCAAGGGCUUAGUACUGCUCCAAUCACGGAUGAUGUUGUUGAACAAAUACUCCAGACAAUAUCUCGGUACGCCUCACGGUCCUUGCGCACAAUUGCGAUUUGCUUCCGUGAUGUAGAAGAGCUGCCUUUUAGAGGCGAGGAGGAAACUAUCGACUUCGAGGAGCUGAUGAAAGAGCUUACCUUUCAUGGAAUUUUGGGUCUACGAGACCCUCUCCGGGCCGAUGCUCGGGGUGCUGUGGAGACCAGUCAUAAAGCAGGUCUAACUGUGCGCAUGGUUACCGGUGAUAACCUUUUAACGGCAAGAGCCAUUGCAGAAGAAUGCGGGAUCAUUAACAGUCCAGAUGAUCUUGUGAUGGAAGGCAGCAAAUUCCGUGCGAUGGAUGAAUCACUGCAAAAGGAGCUAGUUCCACGCCUCAAGGUCCUUGCUCGAUCUCGUCCAGAUGAUAAGCGUGUUCUGGUCCAGCGUCUAAAGGAUCUUGGAAGAGUUGUUGCUGUCACUGGAGACGGUACCAAUGAUGCCCCUGCCCUUGCAGCUGCUGAUAUCGGGUUCUCGAUGGGAAUAUCCGGCACUGAAAUUGCUCGUGAGGCUUCCUCCAUUGUCCUGAUGGAUGAUACAUUUUCUUCAAUUGUUAAGGCUAUCAUGUGGGGAAGAGCAGUCAGCGAUGCCGUCAAGAAAUUUUUGCAGUUCCAAAUCACCAUCACCUUCACCUCCGUGGGCCUAGCAUUUGUCUCUGCGGUAGCCAACUCAUCGCAAGAGUCAGUUCUUACACCAGUGCAGCUCAUGUGGGUAAACCUCUUCCAAGACACUCUGGCAGCUCUGGCGCUAGCAACCGACCCCCCUCCUCGCCGGAUCCUUGACCGCAAACCUGAGCCAACAUCUACACCUUUGAUUACCCCUACGAUGUGGAAGAUGAUCAUUGGCCAAUCUGUGUAUCAGAUGGUAGUAACACUCGUUUUAUACUUCGCGGGCUCUUCUAUAUUCUCCUACCACAGUGCCCUUCAAACAUCACAGUUACAGACUGCUGUUUUCAACACCUAUGUCUGGAUGCAAAUAUUCAACAUGUACAACAAUCGACAAAUUGAGCGAUCAUUUAACCUAAUCGAAGGGAUCCAUCAUAACUGGCUCUUCAUAGCAAUCACCUGUAUCAUGAUGGGAGCUCAGAUCCUGAUUAUGUUCGUCGGCGGGCGGGCAUUCUCAAUCACGAAGUUGACUGGCGAUCAAUGGGCAUAUUCCAUCGUCCUUGGUGCAAUAUCUAUUCCCAUCGGAUUCCUUCUGCAAGCUAUCCCCAAUGUUGUUGUUGAGAAACCAAUGGCAGGCAUGGGGAGGCUAUGGGACCGCUUAUGCCGUCGGUGA